CAGAACGUCUGCCAGUCGCCGCGUCACUGCUCUCGGAACCAGAAUCUGAUCUCCACUUGCUCGAACUGACGCAGGAUUUCCUGAGGAAAAAGCGUCGCCCGCUCGUCGUCUCGGCUGGACGCGAUAUGGGCAUGACCAGCCAUGCUGGGCAGAGCGCGGUGGUCCCAACCAUGCGAACAGGACGUUAGAUAUCCUUGCGUAUGAAAUGCGCAUCCAUGGUAUUACUUGGCUAUUAUAAGACAUAGCUAUACACACUUUUGCCAGCCCAGUCCAGUCCCAUCCAAACGCCUUCCCUGGGGUAUUCUCUGCCUGUGCAUGCAUUCUUCCUCGUCCUGUCGUCUGUUCUCUAUUCUGUCUGAUCUCAAGCUCCGCCUCUACCUAUGCCAACGCGAACCCAGCAACCAAUCCCCCCGCAAUCGCCCCCACAAUCUCCGGAUAGUUCGCAUGCGCCACGCCCGUACUUUGCUGCAGCGCCGACGCCGUCGACGAUGUCCCGCUCGGCGCAGUCGUCGUAGACGCCGCUGCCGCAGACGAAUCUGUCACGUCGGUCCCCGAGGACGCGGCCUCCGCAGCGGUGCUGGAAGCUGUAGUCGUCGUCCGCGGCGAGUGGAUCGCGGAGUGGAUCGCAGAGUGAUCGCCGGGGUAGUCGUCGGUAGCGGUGGCGCCGAAGGUGAGCGCGUUGGACGGGUCGAAGACGGGGAUUGUGUAGGUCACUGUGGGAGGACGGCGUGUUAGUAUGAGUAUACGGAGUAGACUAGUCGAUUGAUUGAUUGAUUGAGGGGGUAUGUAAGGGAAGGGGC